CCCCUUUUCUGUUCCCCAGGUAGAGGUGGAGGUGGAGAGCAUGGACAAGGCCGGCAACUUCAUCGGCUGGCUGCACAUCGACAGCGCCAACCUGUCCGUCUUGCUGGUGGAGCACGCGCUCUCCAAGGUCCACUUCACUGCUGAGCGCAGCUCCUACUACAAAUCCCUGCUGUCCGCUGAGGAGGCCGCCAAGCAGAAGAAAGAGAAGGUCUGGGCCCACUAUGAGGAGCAGCCCGUGGAAGAGGUGGUGCCCGUGCUGGAGGAGAAGGAGCGCUCGGCCAGCUACAAGCCGGUGUUCGUGACCGAGAUCACUGAUGACCUGCACUUCUAUGUGCAGGAUGUGGAGACCGGCACCCAGCUGGAGAAGCUGAUGGAGAACAUGCGAAAUGACAUCGCCAGCCACCCUCCUGUCGAAGGUUCCUAUGCGCCCCGCCGUGGAGAAUUCUGCAUUGCCAAGUUUGUCGAUGGAGAAUGGUACCGUGCCCGAGUGGAAAAAGUCGAGUCUCCUGCCAAAGUGCACGUCUUCUACAUUGACUAUGGCAAUAGGGAGAUCCUGCCUUCCACCCGCUUGGGGACCCUGCCACCUGCCUUCAGCACUCGUGUGCUGCCUGCUCAAGCCACAGAGUAUGCCUUUGCCUUCAUCCAGGUGCCCCAAGACGAGGAUGCUCGGACAGACGCCGUGGACAGCGUGGUGCGGGAUAUCCAGAACACUCAGUGCCUGCUCAACGUGGAGCACCUGAGCGCUGGCUGUCCCCACGUCACCCUGCAGUUUGCCGACUCCAAGGGGGAUGUGGGACUGGGCUUGGUGAAGGAGGGACUGGUCAUGGUGGAAGUGCGCAAGGAGAAACAGUUCCAGAAAGUGAUCACAGAGUACCUGAAUGCCCAGGAGUCAGCCAAGAGUGCCAGGCUGAACCUGUGGCGCUACGGAGACUUCCGGGCUGAUGACGCUGAUGAGUUUGGCUACAGCCGCUAAGGAGGGAAGCGGGUCUGGCCCCCAGCCCCGCUCACACCAGUACCUCCUCCUCUGCAGGGAGAGUGUUUUCAGCUCCAGACCCCAGAUCAGGGGUGUAGAUUGGGUCCAGCUUUGCUUCAGUGUAUGGAAAUGUCUUGUGGGGCGGCAUCUGGACACAGGUGGGGUGGGGGAGCCCGAGGCUUUCAGGAGCAGGUCGCUGUCUUCUGAGAUGACAGGUACUGCCGUCCACAGUCUCUUCCCGCUGAUAGUGUGUUUUUAUUUGGGGGUUUGGUUUUUCUUUAAAGUUGUCCUCAAAUCAGGAAGAAACAUGAAAGACUUUGUCCUAACGUAGGGCAUGAUCCUGACACCCAAGGCCAGCUGCCAGUUGGCACCCCACUUCUAUCCCAGAUUGCCCUUCUUCCCAGCUCUCUGUCCAGCUGUUGAUUAUGUGAUUCCUCUGAUGCGUCCUUUCUCAGAUGCCAGCGUGUCUACACCUGCCCCUGCCAGCCCUCCCCGUUUCUGUAUUUAAAGCUUUCGAGGCCCAAUAAAAUAGUAUCUGCUGUCUGCAGCCCUUA